AUGGGGGACAGAGGUGCUGCAACCAUAAAAGCCGGGAAUCAGGAUUGGUCCGAACAUUUGAUCGGAUUGUCAGGGAAUAACGGCGAAAUAUUCUGCGAUAGUCUCUUGCCAGGCGACAUUGAAGAUGCUAUAAGUGAUUCCAGUGCUACCAGAAAUUGUAGUCAACGGGAUCGUAUUAUUAUUCGAAGACGACUGAGGGAAAGUAACGAAGUAUUCUGUGGUGAUAGUUUUGUACCAGGUACACAGAAGAUUUAUUUGAAAACGUGGGGUUGUACACAUAACACCAGUGAUUCGGAGCAAAUGGCCGGUUUGCUAAAUGCUGCAGGUUACCAGUUAACAGAUCAAAAGAAUGAUGCAUCCUUAUGGAUAUUAAAUAGUUGUACCGUAAAAACACCAUCUGAAACGCAGUUUGAAAAUAUGAUUAAAGAAGCUCGAAAUUUAAACAAGUUUGUCAUUGCUGCUGGAUGUGUGUCUCAGGCUGAACCAAAUUUACGAUUUUUGGAUGGCAUCACAAUAAUUGGAGUUAAACAGAUUGAAUACAUAGUUAUGGCAGUAGAAGAAACCCUUCAAGGAAAUUGUGUUAGAUUUCUAUCUCGAAGGAGACCAGAUUUAAACCAACUGCUUCCUAAAAUUCGAAAAAACAAAUUUGUUGAGGUAGAUGUAUUUAAUUUUGGAAUGUUCAAUGCGUCAGCAUUGACUUUUAGUGGUUGCUUGAACCACUGUACGUAUUGUAAGACAAAAUCGUCUCGUGGUAAUCUUGUAAGUUUUCCGCCUGAAAAUUUACUGCAACGAGUACGAAAUGCGCUGAAAGAUGGUUGUAAAGAAAUUUGGUUAACAUCGGAAGACUUGGGAGCUUGGGGUCGUGACAUUAAUAUGGUUUUGCCUGAUCUACUUUAUGCUGUCGUAGAAAUAAUUCCUGAAGGAUGUAUGCUACGCCUAGGAAUGACGAACCCUCCUUACAUACUUGACUAUCUUGAGCUUCAAAAUUUAAACGGUAAAUUUAAGGAUAUUGCAAAAAUUCUAAACCAUCCAAAAGUUUAUGCGUUUCUGCAUAUACCUGUACAAGCUGCAAGUGAUGCUGUGUUAUCGGAUAUGAAGCGGGAAUAUACUUCUGCAGACUUCUGCAGAGUUGUUGAUUAUAUGAUUCAAAAUGUUCCCAACGUUUAUAUAGCAACAGAUUUCAUUUGUGCUUAUCCUACUGAAACGGAGGAUGACUUCGAGGAAAGUAUGUCCUUAGUGCGGAAAUAUCGUUUUCCUUCUCUGUUUAUCAAUCAGUUUUAUCCAAGAAUUGGAACACCAGCAGCUAAAUUAAAGAAAAUAGAUACGGCUGAAGCACGCCGUCGAACUGCGGAAAUGUCAGGACUUUUUCGGUCGUAUUCAAGAUAUGGUAAAGAUCGAAUUGGUGAGAAACAUAGUGUACUUGUAUGUGAGAUGGCUACUGAUGGUAAACAUUACGUAGGUCAUAAUAAAUACUACGAACAUUUUCUCAUAGCAUCAGAGAACUGCCUUUUGGGGAGAUGGGUAGAGGUUCGAAUCACUGACGUGUCUAAAUUUUACAUGAGAGCCCUGCCGACAGGCUGCAGUACUGAAAAAAACGAUUGGUGGUUGUGUGAUAAUGCGAAGGGAAGUUUCCCAGCCUUGUCUUAUAAUUGCUGGUUUGCAUCUUUCGUAUUCGGUAGCGAUGAUCUCACUGUAGCUCCAAAUCGAUUGUUUUGGCUAAUGCGGAAAAAUAAUGGAGAAAGAGUGCGAGACGCUGAAGGGUUUCGUCUACGAGCUGCUGGGAUAUGCACCCGAGGUGAAGGUAGCAGUCGAGAAAUCUUGAUAAUUACGGGAGGCAAAGAUGACGGCCGUUGGAUCAUCCCAGGUGGUGGUAUUGAAAAAAAUGAAAAUGAUUCGGAUGCUGCUCUACGCGAAGUUUUAGAAGAAGCGGGAGUUAAAGCAGAAAUUUUGACUCGUGAUGAAGAGAGGCGGAAUCGUACGGCAGUGUUCUUAUUAACAGUAAUAGAAGAGUUAAAAGAAUGGGAAGAUAGCUGUUUUGGAAGGCAACGCGAGUGGGUGAGUUUGGAAGAAGCUUUACGACGAGUAAAGCGUUCACAAACAUGUAUUAUUGAGCAUAUUUGUCAGAUGUAG